AGUUCAUUGUGAUCGUCGGCACUUGGGUGAUAUUAUUUUGUAUGUGAUGCAUUCGACAAGAGCACGCCGAGAAGAUGACUUUGUGUAUAAUAGGCGCGGGAACAGCGGGACUAUGCUGCGGCAAGCGUGCCUUAGAACAUUAUAUAAAUCCAACUAUUUUUGAGCUCUCAAAUGAUAUUGGCGGAACUUGGGUGUUUAACAAAAAUACUGGUAUAUUAAACGGUAUUGAUGUACAUAGCAGUAUGUACAAAAGUUUGCGCACCAAUUUGCCGAAGGAGGUAAUGGGAUAUCCGGAUUUCGAAAUUGGUGAUCAUGAUGAAUCUUAUCUCCCCGCAGAAGAGAUUCAUGCUUUUCUAAGCCGGUAUGCUGAUCAUUUCGGGCUCAGAAAAUAUAUAGAAUUCAAUACAUAUGUUAUCAGAGUUCUUAAGAUACGGAAGAAGUGGCAAAUACUUGUCAAGAAUUUGAUAACAAACCAAGUAAAAUUUCAUUAUUUCGAUAAAAUUCUUAUUGCCAAUGGUCAUUAUCAUACACCAAAUUAUAUUAAAAUUUCUAAUUGUGAUCGUUUCAAAGGAGAAUUAAUACAUAGUCAUGAUUACAGAAGCUGCGAGAUUUUUCAAGGAAAAUCAGUUCUGGUCAUCGGUGGCGGACCAAGUGGCAUGGACUUGUCAAAUAUAAUUGCCAAAUCGGCAAAACAUGUUUCACUAAGCCACCACUUGGAAGGCAUACCCAGUACGAAUUUCUUAGAAAACGUUCAUAUCAAGCCUGAUUUAAAAGAAGUAGAUGAAUAUGGUGCAUUCUUUAUCGAUGGAACUUACAGUCCAUUCGACACGAUAUUUUUUUGCACUGGCUAUAAAUACGCAUUCCCGUUUCUUAGCGUCGAUGCUGGAAUUUACGUUGAAGACAACUUUGUCCAAAUGCUUUAUAAGCAGUGUAUUAAUAUACGAAACCCGACAAUGGCCUUAAUAGGACUUCCAUUUUAUGUUUGUGCAGCACAAAUGAUGGAUAUUCAAGCACGCUUCGUCUUCAGUUACUUCUAUGGGAAAAACAAAUUGCCGUCAGCGAAAGAAAUGUUUCAAGAUACUAAUGAAACCAUGCGAAAACUUUGGGAAAAAGGUUACAAAAAACGGCACGCUCAUAUGCUUGGAAGCAAUCAGAUGGACUACUUUACUGAGUUGUCCAAAACAGCGAAAAUUGAAAAUAUUAAGCCGGUUAUGGCCAAAUUGCAUUUGGAAAGCAGUAAUCAGUUUAAUGAAAAUCUACUCCAUUUUCGGGAGGAUAUUUUUAGACUUUUUGAUAAUGAAACAUUCAUAAAGAUUAAUUGA